GUUCCACCAUCCUCCUCCAACGACAUCUUUGGUCUAGUCAGCAAGAACAGCGAACAUCGGAACUGGCAAUCGGCCAAAGAUGCCAAAAGUGACGCAUAUAUCCUUACCAAGUCCGCCAGAAUUAGGACCAUUAACGGAAGAUUCAUUAGAAGCAUUACGAAAUCUAAGUAAACAUAAACCGGCAAAAGGCAGUGAACCUUGUCCUGAAUCCGUACCUGCAUAUAGGCGAGCGGCAGUCUUGCUUUGUUUGUUUCCAGGAAGAAAUGGUGAUCUUUAUGUGAUCUUAAGUCAAAGGAGUAGUACCCUAAGAAGUCAAGGUGGAGAUACAGCUUUACCCGGAGGAAGGUUUGAAGCAACAGAUGCGGAUCUGGAAGCAACAGCAAGACGAGAAGCAUGGGAAGAGACCGGCCUACCAAUCGAUCCAAAGAGAGCACCCCUAUUAUGUGAACUGGAACCAUUUAUCAGCAUAAAUGAAUUGCUCGUCACGCCUUUUGUGGUUCUGAUCUUGGAUCCACUUAUCAAGCCCAAGCUAAAUCCGUUAGAGGUAUCACAGCUAUUUUCCGUUCCUUUGGCAGCAUUCUUGCAACAUAUGCCCUCACCAGAGAUGCGAAAAUCACUUCGAUUAUCAUCUGAUUUGGAUGACGAAAAUGCACCCAAAUCACUCAUUUCACCACCGAGCGAUUGGCAUACAUGUACAGAUUUUCGAUGGAUCGGAAAUAAACGGUAUCGAAGACAUAUAUUCUGGGAUACACGUAAUCCCGUUAGAGGAUUAACGAGUGAUAUCUUGAUCUUUGCCGCCUCGGUCGCUUUUAAUCGAUCACCGGAUUUUAGCGUUCGUGCUCCUGAUCAACCUACAACACCUGAACUGAUCAAGAUGGUAUUCACAGGUCCUCUGGCCAUUCGAAAAAGGCGAGUAAGGCCAAGAAUGACUGGCUUUCAACAACCUUUGGAUGAUGAUGAAAAGAAGACGGGAGAAGAUUCAAGUGAAAAUAGUCACGAAGCCGCUAUCAAGAGACAAUACCUAUCUGCUCAAAAAACUUUAAAGAACAAAGCCAAGCUCUAAGCUUAAAUCAAGCUCACACAUUUGUACACUAU